UUGGUGAUGGAAUGAUGAAUGCCAGCGGCUAGACGGAGCGCACACAAAAAUUCCAAGUGCCCAGCGAACUACGGAUACGGAUCAACUAGCUCCAGGCGCUCUCUUCAAAAAUCCAGUAUUCCCAGAAGCCAGAGAUCGUCUGACAUAUACAUUAGCGAUAUACAUAUAUGGCAACCUCAGCGAUGGGCGUUGGUGUGCCCGUGGGCGUGGCUGCCUCGGGUCCAGUGCGUCGACCAACCGCCAGAGCCACCGCCGGAAUCCAAAGACGACGGGUGGUCAAGAAGCACAUCCAACAGAAGUACAUGCUCUGCGGAUUUGCCAUACACGCUUUCCUGGCCACCCCCGCCUAUCUGUACGGCAAUGUGGUGGAGUCCGAUAAGGAUCUGGUGCUGAGGAUCUGGCCGGCGAUCGUCUACCAGGCCACCGGAGAGCUGUGCCGAUCCAUAAUGGAGCACCUGGACACAGAGUACAGCGGCAGGUCGCGGGAGACGACCCAGUACAGGAGGGUCUUCCUGCUGGCCACGCUCAUCGCCUGCGUUUCGCUGAUGGUCAGCGGGAUACUCUUCUCCUCCGCCUGGAUCGUGGUCACCACGACCACGCAGGUGGUGGCCAUAGUCUUCUACGGCUGCUUUGCUGGCAUCGGCUCCAGCCUGUACCUGUGGAAGACGCACGUGAUCCUGGAGGCAGUGCGUCCGCGGGAGGACAAGUACGUGCGGAAGACGAUCCACCUGUGCGGCGAGGCCUUCUGCCAGCUGUUCCUCUCGUUCGUCUUCACCAGCCUGCGCACGCUCUACGGAACUGCCCAGUCGAUCGUGCUGAUGUCCGCCCUGCUGGUGAACCUCAUCCCGCUGAGCCUGAUCAUCACGAAGCACCGCGAGGACGCCUUCACCACAAAGCGGAUAUCGGUGAUCAAGGCGGAGACGGGAUUCGCGGCUCUACCGCUGCGGGCGGCACUGGCCGCCAAUUUGGUGGCCGACCAACUGGACGGCUUGGACACCCUGUCGUGGCGGAAUCCAGCCACCACCGCCGACAUGGCGGCCACCACUCCGAGUGCCGUCGUCGCCGCCGCCGUGGUGGACACCCACAGCAACUACAUGCUGGCCACCGACGAGGCCUACGUCACCUACGUGAAUCCCAACGGGGUGGAGAUCAUGGAGAUCAUACCCGAGGAGGACGAGACGGUGUCCAUGAUGCGGUCGAGCAAUGCGACCAUCGACAACUACGCCAUGUCCGCCUCGCAGACCUCGCAUAAGUCGCUCUCGAAUGGACGGCUUUAUCCCCUGACGCCCCAACUUCCCUUGGGAAUGGGAUUGGGAACCGGCACUGGCCCAGGAACCGGCAGCUCCUCGCCCCUGCCACCCGACUACGCCAAUCUGCGCCGCAUUCGCCGAAUGUCGCGGGCGGUGACCUCGCAUUUGUGGUGGAACCUGCUGGACAAGAUCGCCAUGCCGCUGCAGCAGGCGCUGCUGGUGCCGCAGCUGUACGCCACCACGCUGCUCCUCUCGGCGGACAUCUUCAGCUACGUGAUGUGCCUGACGGUGCUGCCGGGCCUGGCGGUCAGCCACCAUGCGCUGAAGAACGCCGAGAUCCCGUUCCUCUUCUCCCUGCUGGCCUUCCCCUGGAUGUGCUUCUCCCUGAUGACGCCGCGCUUCGGGACGAGCCUGUACAAGCGCAAGAUCCAGUGGCACACGCUAGGCAGCCUCUGCAAGUGCCUGGCCCUGAUCUUCAUCAGCUUCUCCACCUCGAAGCUGCUGCUCAGCGUGUCCGCGGUGCUGCUCGGCUUUGGCCAGGUGGUGACCGCCUUCCUGCAGGAGCUCGUCUUCCAGAUGGGCAUGACGCGGGCCAACUGGACGGCCAUCCGGCGACCGGUGCACUUCACCAACGGCCUGCUCGUACUCUUGUGGGGCGCCCUGGCCCACUGGGUGGUGGAGCGGUACUCCUUCCAGGCCACCGUGGGACUCGCCGGCGCUCUUUACGGCGCCACCUCGCUGCUCUGGAACUUCCUCUUCUUCUGCUGCCAGGGAAGGGAUUGAGCAGCAGUUGCUUAACCUGUUGCCAAAGCAGGGAUUGAGCAGCAGUUGCUUAACCUGCUGCCAAAGCAGGCAUUGAGCAGCAGUUGCUGGAUCUAAAGAAUUCGCUAGGUCUUGUAUGUGCGUGUGUGUAUGUGGGUUGCUGUUGUUGACGUUGUUGUUGUAUUUGU